GAAAUAGGGACCCGCUCUCUCUUUGUGUUCAGUCCCCGUCCAAAGCCGCCCUGCGCGCUCCCUAACAACCCCACCAAAUCCAGCCGGCGCGAGCACCUUCUCUACCAUGGCGGCCUCGGCGGCGCGCUCCCUCGCGCUCUUCUCCUCCGCCUCGCUCGGCCUCGGCCGUGCCUCGUCUCGCCUCGCGGUCUCCUCCUCAUCCUCGGGGCUCCUCCCCAGGACGACGCUCGCCGUCCGCGGGCGCUCCGCUUUCGCCGCCACCGCCGUCGUGAUGGGGAAGUCAGGCACCGCCGACGCCGAGGCAGACGCAGGGAUGGACGCCGUCCAGCGCCGGCUCAUGUUCGACGACGAGUGCAUCUUGGUGGAUGAACAAGACAACGUCAUCGGCCACGAGUCCAAGUAUAAUUGCCAUCUCAUGGAAAAGAUAGACUCGGGGCAUGCACUUCACAGAGCAUUCAGUGUCUUCCUUUUCAACUCCAAAUAUGAGUUGUUACUUCAGCAAAGGUCUACGACAAAAGUGACAUUUCCACUUGUCUGGACAAACACUUGCUGCAGCCACCCUCUGUACCGUGAAUCUGAGCUAAUUGAGGAGAAUAGCGAAGGUGUCAGAAAUGCAGCACAGCGGAAACUAUUUGAUGAACUGGGAAUACAGGCUGAGGAAUUACCGGUUGACCAAUUCAUUCCACUCGGAAAGAUGCUUUACAAGGCUCCAUCUGAUGGAAAGUGGGGCGAACACGAGCUGGACUACCUCCUGUUCAUGGUUCGUGACGUGAAGCUCAACCCGAACCCUGAAGAAGUGUCCGACGUCAAGUACGUGAACCGCGAGGAGCUGAAGCAGCUGCUCAAGAAAGCAGACGCAGGGGAAGGCGGGAUCAAGCUGUCCCCUUGGUUCAGGCUGGUGGUCGACAACUUCCUCAUGGGUUGGUGGGAUCAUGUCGAGCAAGGCACUCUGAAGGAGGCCGCUGACAUGAAAACUAUCCAUAGGUUGUAGAAUGCACAGCAUUACUGUUAGUUACUCCCUAGAGAAAUAAGCGCCGGUGUUCUGGUUGGUGCAUGGAUUUCUUUUCUAUUUCCUUCUUUGUUCCUUUGCAGUCGUGGAUGCUGUAUUUUCCCUUUUUGUUGUUGAGAAAUGCGAGUAUAUCUUUUU